UGGUCCGGGGCGUUCGGGCACCGCCUCGACGGCGGCUCCGCCGGACGCGCGGACUGGACCGCAGCCCGCACCCCGAGCGGACGGCGUCAUGAGGCACCUGCCGUACUUCUGCUGUGGCCGGGUGGUGCGGAGCUUCGGUCGCGGCCCCAAGCAGCCGGGCAUCCCUACAGCUAACUUUCCUGAACAAGUAGUAGAUAAUCUUCCAGCUGAUGUAUCCACUGGCAUAUAUUAUGGUUGGGCCAGUGUUGGAAGUGGAGACGUCCAUAAGAUGGUGGUGAGCAUAGGGUGGAACCCAUACUACAAGAAUACAGAAAAGUCCGUGGAAACUCAUAUCAUGCAUACUUUCAAAGAGGACUUCUAUGGGGAAAUUCUCAACGUGGCCAUCGUCGGCUACCUCAGACCAGAAAAGAACUUUGAUUCUUUAGAGUCACUUAUUUCAGCAAUUCAAGGUGAUAUUGAGGAAGCUAAGAAACGACUAGAUUUACCAGAACGUUUGAAACUCAAAGAAGACAAUUUCUUCCAGGUUCCUAAAAGCAAAAUAAUGAAUGGCCACUAA